AUGUAUCUAGUAACCAACAGGAAAUCUAGUAGAGAAGAUUGGGACGAAAUAAUCGUUCGACAUCUCGCCGGACAAAUCGUAGACGAAUACUCAUCCGUCACUUUGGAAGCUUGUGCAUCCGGCCAAGCUGAUCAAUUAAUAUGGACAAAGAAUGGAGUAGAAAUAAGCAAUAAUGACCGAACGGAAAUCGCGCAGGACGGUGAACGAUAUCGGCUAACCAUCAACAAUGCUACGGCAGAUGACGCUGGAACAUACCAAUUGGAACUCCGUCACCAAGGGUCAGACCUCGUGUCCGUAGCGUCGCUGAUUGUUACCGGUAAGCUGUGA